CCUUCAAAUCCACUUCAAACCUGAACUGGUCCCUGAAAAAUUCCGAUUUUGAAAAUUUCGCGAAAAAUUGGAAAAUUGAUGCUGAACUUUAAAGCCCCCUGAUGUCUUCCAAAAGUAAAAACUCAUCAAUUUUAUGAUGCAAACAUAAAGUAGAUAUAUUGUAUAUGUGAAUCGAUACAUAAUUUAUUUGGAAUAUCCAUAUUCCUUAUAAGUAGAGAGCUUCAAAGUUAGAAAAAUGCAAAAUUUUCAAAUUUUUCAUGAAAUUUUUGCAUUUUUCACCUAGAAAGGAUGCAAGUAUCGCCGAAAAUUUAGCACUAACAUAAAGUAGAAUAUGUCACGAAAAAACAAUCUCGGAAUCAAAUUUAUAACUAAAAGCAUUCCAGAGUUAUUAAUGCUUAAAGUGACAGUGGUCAGAUUUGCAAAAAAUGCUCCCGUCCUUAGGGUCAUAAUGGGCUCCGUCCCCAAGGGGUUAAUAAAUAUGGGGAAAAGGGGCGAUUUAAAAUUUUAUUGGGGGACGGGCUUUUUCAAAUUUUUUUUAUAUUUGUUUUACACUUUUUUAGUCACCAUAGGGGACUAUUUAUAGCAAUCAUUAGAUUGCUAAUACUGUUCAGUGCUAUGCAUAGGGCAUAGCACUGAUCAGUAUUAUUGGCGAUCUUCAGCUCUGGUGUGCUGGAAGGCAGAUCAAUGCAGAAGACUCCAGGAGACAGUCGGAGGCAGGUGAGGGGACCUCUGGUAGUCAUCUUGGCUGAUCUGAUCCCCGCGGCACUGAUGAUCAGCCAUUAUAAGUGCCGCACUGGUGCAGAUGCCGUCAUUUGUAUUGAUCACGGCACCUGAGGGGUUAAUGACGAACAUCAGCGCGAUCUCUGAUGUCCGCCAUUACCGGCAGGUCCGUAGCUGCUGACAGCCGCCGGGAAUGAAGCGAGCGUAGCUCCUGCGCCCGUGUCCCAGCCGUGCCAUAAAGGUACGUGAUGCUAAGCAGCGCUGUACAUUUACAGUGCAUUCCCUUAAGGGGUUCAAUAUAGAUUGAAGUACACCUUGAUGUAUUUAAGUAAGCUUCAUUGUAUUACUUGUUAUGCUUGACAAAGACACUUAGCCAAAACGUUGCACAUGUAUACACUUUUGUGUGGAAUAAACGUGAAGCCUUCCUUUGAUUUCUGGAUCUCUGGUGUUUAUUUUGCGGUGGCCAUUCUCUUCUUUGGAUUAGUUCUGCAUAUUAAAUGCCACGGGAGAACAGCCUGAAAGGAGCUCCUCAUGAUGAUGAUUGGUUAGAGCCUUUACUGGGGGUGGACUCAGUCUUAGUGCAGAGAGCAGAAAAUAGAGAAGCGUUCUUAUAGGUUGCUAUGGGCAACGUCACCACUUUUCUUCGGCUUUGCUGAAUCUCCACAAUAGUCCUUGUCCAGUACCCACAUCAUAUACACAGAACUUAAUGUACUUCAACCUAUAUUUAAUGGCACAGAGUGGGUAUUUUAAACCUGGUGCCAGGAUUUAUCAUGUACAACUUUUUGAAAACAUGUUCAGAAGUCGCACAUAUGUUCACACAGCCAAGGCCAGUCCAGACCUGGUGUAUAUAUAUAUAUAUAAGCCGCGUUGUUGUGGCCUGGGCUGUGCACAUAUUUAUCAUUCCAUCACUGGCACAUGCAAUGAGAAGUGUAGCCCUAUGUGCUGUAUACAGCCCUGUAUAGCACACGGCUAUGGUUGAGACGCUGUAUACCUUGUACCCAGCCAGAAAAGAGUUUAAGUUGACCUGACAUAUCACAGAGAAAAUAAUGCUUCUAUGUGUUACACCCUGGGUCAUGCAGAUUCUUUACACAUCACCAGUUACUUCUUAAAAAUACUGAAAAUGUAUAUAGUUGGCAAGGUUGGCACCUGUUUUAAUGCCAAUCCACUGUUUGGGCUGGAUACAGCUGGGUAUUAUGGAGGGGUCCUUACUCUUUAUUUUUCAAGACUUAAGUCAGUGGCACAACCACGUUUAACCCCUUAAAUUUAUCAGUUACUUAUUCAAAAUGCAGAAAAUGUAUGUGGUUGGCACCUGUUUAAAUGCCAAUCCACUGUUUGAGCCAGGCUGGAUACAGCUGAGUAUUAUGGAGGGGCUAUUAUUCAGUGACCCAAUGGCUUUUAACCCCUUAAAUUUCUCCGCAGAGAAAUAAGAGUAGAAAAAGGACUAUUAGCCAUAGUCAUAUAUAAGAAAAUGCUCAAAUAAGAAACCAACUUCAGUGAAUAAGAAGCUGCCGAAUAAGAAACCAACUUCAGUGAAUAAGAAGCUGCCGAAUAAGAAACCAACUUCAGUGAAUAAGAAGCUGUGAGACAAAAUACUGCGACUUUCUUGAGUGCACACUGUAAAGUAGACCCUGCUCCUCCAGGAGUACGCCGUGAGUAGACGGAACGUCAGGAUAGGAACCAAUGUUUAGUCUCCACUUUCCCGGUCGGAAGAAUCUAUGGAGUACACCAAUCCUCUCUGUGGGUACAGGGGCUCACCGUAACCCUAGCAACACAACUUUCCUUACACCCCUGUCCAUAAUGGCCGUAGCGGGGCGGCGGUGAGUGCGGAUCUGGGCUGACGGCCGCUAUGUCCCUGGACAAGUCUCUGAAAGAAUUCCGCGACCGCUGGAGGGCAGAGAUCCAGGGGGAAAUCCCAGCCCCGUUACCGCCGAAACGGCGACGUUCUGCACCCAGCCCAGAGCUGCCCCCCGAAGAAGAUGUGGCCUGGAGACAUCUCCCUGGGUCACCGGAGCCGGAGGGAGCGAACACUCGGUACCUGGCACUGGCGGAGAGCCUGCUGCAGGAGAGGCCGGUGCCCGGAACUGUGACCGACAAGGCCGGAUCCCCUCAGAGGGCGCCCACCCUGCUGGAACAGCUCAUCAGCGACCUGAAUGAAAUAAAUGAGAUACCAUUCUUUGAUGUUCAGUUGCCAUAUGAAAUUGCCUUACAAAUCUUUCAGUAUUUGGACAGGAAAGAGCUUGGAAGAUGUGCACAGGUCAGCAAGACUUGGAGGGUUCUUGCUGAAGAUGAGAUGUUGUGGUACCGCAUAUGUCAUCGUGAAGGGUACCUGACUGACAGACAAGUUACUGCAUGCUCGUCUUGGAAGGAAGCUCUGAAAGAAAGACACACUCGGGAAAGCAUGCUGAGGACAAACUGGAAGAACCGUACUGGAGCGGUUAGCCAACUGCAGUAUGAACUUGGGAAGGUGCUGGGUGAUGUUCAUGCAUAUGAUGGUGUUGUCCUUGCUGGAUACACCUCUGGAGAUGUCCGUUUGUGGGAUACGCGAACCUCUGGUCUUGCAGAAUCUUUUCUUGAAACGUCCCAUUCAUCUGAUGAUUCUGGACUAAGCCACCACGUCUCAUUUGUGAAAAUAAACAAGUCUUUGGCUGUGGCAGCAUAUGACAAUGGUACCAUUGAUAUUUGGAGCCUUCUGGUUGGACGGGAACCUAUCCAUCAUUAUCAACACAACCAAAAGAUCCAAGCACUCGCACUGUGCCCAGACACGGCUGCUAUAGCAACAGCAUCUAGUUUCCAAAUCCGAGUAGAGAGUCCUGAUGACCGAGGCUACUGGAGAACUAGCUGCAAUUUCCAGACCCAGAAACUGGUAAAUUUUCUCCAUUUAAUUCAUGACUCUGAAGGAUCUCCUAUCACUAUUGCGGCUGCUGAUGAAAUGGUUUACCUCCUAAAGCAAGAUGUUCCUGAAAAAGUCCUGCACUCUACAUAUGGUCAACCUGUUACCUGUCUAGAUGUUUCAAUGCAUCAGGCAGCUUUUGGAGUGAAAAGUUAUGGUUGGGUCACCCAUAGUGGCAAUAAGAUUCAUGUGUACAACCUGCAGACUGGUCAGUGUCUCACCACCUUGGGUAACUCUACUGGAGACUUUACAUGCAUCAAUCUGAAAGACAGCCCUCCUCAUCUUUUGGUUACAGGAAACAGGGACAGAAGAGUGCGGGUAUAUGACCAGCGUUGUAGCAAAUCUUUCUGUUCCUUCUAUGCCCAUCAACUGGGGGUCUCAGCGGUGCAAAUGGAUGACUGGAAGGUGGUUUCUGGAGGAGAGGAGGGUUUAACCUGCACAUGGGAUCAAAGAAUGGGAACAAAAUUGUGGGAGAUGCAUGCAAGACACCCAGUGCGCUACAUCUGGUUUAACUCCCAGAGUCUGAUCACUGCAAACGUUCCAGAUGAGAAGCAGCCGCGCGGGGCCAGCAUCAUGGAUGAUGACCUUACUGCGCACCGAAGACAUCGAGGCACCAUCAGUGUGUAUGAAUUCUCAGUGGAUCAGACAUCUGCAGAGAGCGUCCUUCCAAUUUGUCGUUCCUCUUAUAGUGAAGUGACCGGAUACAGUUACAACAUUGGUCUGGCAGUGCCCUAUGACAUUGUGUGAAAUCAGCCAUCUCUCCAAGGAAUAAUAUGAACGGUUUUACUUACUCAGGGACAAUGUUGCUAAUAAUUCUGGGACAUCUAAAUGAUUCUGCAACAUCCAUAUUCUGCACAAUAUGCUAUUAUUAUUUUUAUACUUUAUUAUCUCAUUUUUAGUUUUUUUUUUCUUGACCUGCGUUCCAGGUUUUCCAGGUUCUUUUAGGCCUGUUUUAUUGUAUAUUGUGUAUAUUUUAAUUUAUCCUACUAACAAAACAUUAAAUAGUGCAGCAUCUGAGGACAAUACAUGGGAUCUUAUUUACAGUAUGUGAAAGUGAAUAAUGAGAAAAGCCACAGGUCUGGGUAAUAUAGAAUAUUUGCUAAUGAAUAUUCUAUAUUGUAUUGUACAUUCAUUUACAACCACUGUACAUUUUGUACAUUAUGUUUCUUUGUUAUGGAGAACUUUUCACUGUUAUCUAAGGCCAUUUACUAUAAUAAUGCAUUUUACAUGUGUAAAUGUUAUAAACCAGCUGACUUGUGUAAAUGUUGUAAAAUAAUAUUGUACAGGGACUGGGAUGUCCUGUUUUGUCUCCCGAUCCCCCAUCUGCUACAGAAACAGUAUGUGAGUAUUGUUUAUAUUGCUGCUUAUUAUGGGGAUUCUAUGGAAAUGUCAAGACUUGGUCAUGUGACCACUCACAGGAACACAGUUAUAAAAGACAGGAAGUCCUUGCACAGAACUCUUGACACUGCCAUGGCAACCCAGAGCAAGCAGUAUUGUAUGAUUAUGUUCACAUCAGCAUUGUGGAGCUCUGUCAGGGAGCACCUAUACAAUAGCUGAUAACUGGGACUGAGGUGGUGACAGCGCGCAUCAACGAAACCCAACAGGUCCCAUUCACUUUGAAUGGGGUCUGCGGGCGUUCUGUUAGAUGCCUGUUCUUUCACAUUAUUUUAGCAGAGAAAAAGUCCUGUCUUUAUAGUGGAAUCAGCAAACGGACCUGCGAUCGCUGAUGUGAACCCAGCCUAAAAUACCUUUACAUUACUGCAGUGUUUAGAAGAUUAGGAGAGAAACCCAAAGGGAGUCAAAUGAUAAAAAGUGUCUUUAUUGUCAAUUUAUCUACCCAGAUUUAUCAAUAUGUCUGAAACAAAAACUGAUUUGCCCAUAGCAACCGCUCACAGCUCAGCUUUUAUUUUAUAUCGGUAUUUUAAGAAAUAAAAGCUGAUCUGUGAUUUGUUGCUAUGGGCAAAUCAGACAGUUUUGUCUUGGACAGAUUGAUAAAUCUGGGCCAAUUAUCUGUUCAUGUGCCAUUAUACUAAUGCAAUAUCCUUUAUGUUUGUCUUUAGCUUGUGUUAAAAGCGUAGGUUCAGUCUCACAAAAAUAUGUCAUUGUAAUUGCACUAAAAUGGCCAGAAAUGUAUCUAAAUAAAUAAUGGGCCAGCAGAUGACAACUUGCUUCAGAAAAGACUGUUUUGUCGACUACUUCCUUGGAUUUUUAGGUCAUGGAAUUUCACCUUCCUCAAGACAGUUUUGCUCAUAUGUCCAGUCUUAUUCGUGAGAUUCCAGUCUUUCCUAAAAAAAAAUAUGUCCUCUGCAACCAGGGGGCUAAAGAACUUUUUUUUUUUACCAUACUAGGCCGACUUCCGCGUUGACAGAUGACCUGCAGAUGUGGCUUCAUUUUCUUUCUUUAUUUAAUGGCCAUGCUAUUUGGCAAUCAGAAUUUGUAACAAUAAUGCCCUGCAGCUUUUUACCGAUGAUGCAGGCUCUGUUGGCUAUGAUGCGGUUAAAAUGGUCUGCUGACCACUGGCCUUUAUCUUGGGUUGAGUGUGGCACUACUAGGAACAUCUUUUUCUUUUGCAGCUAUUUUCUGUUCUUGUAAAAAAUUAUUCUUUUGUACUUCUUUUACAAUAUUUAAAUAAACGCAUUGUAUAAAGAAUGAUGUAAGAAUGUGUCAGCUGAUGCUUUGUCGAGAUUUCAUUUGCAACGCUUCAAGGAGCUGCACCGGCAGGUAGAUGCAGUGGGAGCCAAAUGUCCUCAAGAAUUGUGAACAUUAUUUUGGAAUUUUUGACUGCAUUUUUCAUGUGUAAAUUACUUCUAU